UACAUUCAAAGAAACCAAACAAUACUUACAAAGAUGGUUCCCAGUACGCCUUUAUGGACUUGGUAUGCUAUUUUCUGUCUUAAUUUUUAUAUGAUGGCGUCAAUUGUAGGCACACUUUUCAGGUAAAUUUAAUCCACUUUGAGAAUAUUAAGGUUACUGUCAAAGCAUUAUCAACACACAGAAUAGAGAAAAAAAGUGGUGAAAAAGCUCACUCAUAUGCUAAGCUACACCUCUGCCCUAUUAACAUUUUCAAAUUCUCUUGAUAUUAUUAGCCUGCAGAGAGCAAGAUGGUAGAUUCCACUGCCAGAUAAUUUCAUGCUGUUCAAUUGUUGGAAGGAGUAAAACACCAUUGAAAGUUCAUUUGAAGAAUUCCGUCUCAACGAGAAGGAUGUUGGGGACAAAUCGAAGUGGCUGAAAGAAGACAUGGACUGCAAUUUGCUAUUCUGGAAGGGAAAAGUUGUUGAUUUUGAACUCCCUAUAACUGUAAAGUUGACUGUAGUUGAAGUUGAUCUAGGUGUAAAAGGCGACACAGCACAAGGUGGAUCUAAGCCAGCAACUGUUGAUACGGGUGCUGUGGUGACUGUCCCAUUAUUCAUAAAAAGAAGCCAAGAAAUAAUGGUGGAUACUAGAACCGGGCAAUACAUGAGUCGGGCAUAGACUAUUUAGAUGUAUAUUAUUUUUGUACUGAGUAGAAGAUUUUGCCAUCUUUAACUAUUUUGGACAUCCAAAGACCCUUUUUCC